CUAAAACCUCUCUUACUUCUCUUCUCGUUAUCCUCUCUACUUCUCUGUAACUCUGCUACUCUCCGGUGUGGUACUUCACCCCAAGAAGAGAGAGAUGGGAUUCAGUGGCGCGCUGCCUCAUGCCGUAUCUCUGCAACUCUCCCCUAACGUCCAUGGAGAACUUUCAUCUCCCUUCCUUGGCUUCCCCUUCUCCUCUAAUGUCUGCUCAGGCAUGUCGUUGCUCCACUGUACUCACCCAUCUCUCACUCGCUCCUGCAAGAGACUUGUUAUUUCUUCCAAGAGAAUAUCUGGGUUGGAGGAAGCCAUGAGAAUCACGAGAGAAAAAGAGCUUCGGGGUCCGAUAAAGGUGAAGAGGAUGCCUCCGUUGAGACGCGGACGAGUCUCGCCUCGUCUCCCGGUACCGGACCAUAUUCCCAAGCCUCCUUACGUGGGUUCGUCUCUGUUGCCGGAGAUUGCUAAGGAGCAUCAAAUUCAUGACGCUGAAGGCAUUGCGCGCAUGAGAGCCGCCGGCGAACUUGCUGCUCGGGUCUUGGACUAUGCCGGGACUUUGGUCAAGCCAUCAGUAACAACAAAUGAAAUUGACAAAGCAGUGCACCAAAUGAUUAUUGAGGCUGGUGCUUAUCCUUCACCUCUUGGUUAUGGGGGAUUCCCUAAGAGUGUUUGUACAUCGGUCAAUGAGUGUAUGUGUCAUGGAAUACCUGAUUCUCGGCAGUUGCAGAAUGGAGAUAUAAUAAAUAUUGAUGUCACGGUUUACCUAAAUGGAUAUCAUGGAGACACAUCAAAGACAUUUUUUUGUGGGGAUGUCAGUGAUCCUGUUAAACGCCUAGUGCAGGUAACUGAAGAAUGCUUGGAGAAAGGGAUAGCUGUUUGCAAGGAUGGUGCUACCUAUAAGAAAAUUGGAAAGCGAAUUAGUGAGCAUGCUGAAAAAUAUGGUUAUGGUGUGGUUGAACGUUUUGUUGGGCACGGCGUAGGAACUGUGUUUCAUUCCGAACCACUUAUAAUGCAUAACCGAAACGAGGGCACUGGCUGUAUGGUUGAAGGUCAAACAUUUACCAUUGAACCAAUCCUUACAAUGGGAAGUACCGAGUGUGUUACAUGGCCGGACAACUGGACAACAGUGACUGCUGAUGGUAGCCCUGCUGCCCAGUUUGAGCAUACCAUUUUGAUCACACGAACUGGAGCUGAAAUUUUAACAAAAUAUUGAAAAGGUAAAUAUAUUUAUGCAUGUAUAUAGAAUGAGGAAAGCCAUUUUUUUUAAUGGUACAUUUUAAUUUGAACAUUUGUCAAAAGUUCUUAGAAGUGAAUGUUAUUGAAACAAUGCUCAUCUUGCUUAGUGAAAAUCUGCAAGAAGGGCAGACUUGGAAACAGAGUAGGAAUGUAUUUACAAAACCAAAAAAUGAUGUAUUAUACUUCAUUAAAAUGAAAAGUUCAUUGAGGAGCA